UGGAGAACAACCUCUUGCGGCGCAUGAACCUCAGCUCCUUUCUCAUGGUACCGAUCCAGAGGGUGACCAAGUACCCGCUGCUGCUGUCGCGCCUGCGGAACGUGACGCCGGUGGGCCACGAGAGUGGCGCACCGCUGGCCGACGCCCAGGAGCGUAUUGAGCUCCACCUGGAGCACAUGAACGCGACGGCCAAGGACAGCGGCGGAUCUCGCAUCUGGAGGCGCAUCUCCAUGAUGGGCGGCGCCGCCACGCCCAUCAAACGGAGCGUCUCCGAGCAGGACAUCACGACCCUCCGGCUGCGCAAGUUUGGCCUGGAGACGCUGGAGUGGCCGGCCGAGGAGUCCAGCGUUGCACUCGACGGCCGGCUGCUGUACACGCUGCCGUCGGAGAACAACUGGACGCGGCGCGGCCGGUUCUCGGUCCGCAUGACGGCCGUGCACGCGCUGCUGGUGACGCUGGGCGGCGCGCCGGCCGACUGGAGCGCCCAGCUGGGCGGCCAGCGGCCGCUGCUGCCGCGCACCGGCCGCCUCCGGCAGACGGCGCUGCUGCUGGUCAAGGACAAAGCGCCCGGACGUAUGGCGCUGGCCAGGGACCCGAUAAAUCUGGACAAGUGCAUCAUUUGCACAGAUCCGGAGGUUCGAGACUGCUUUGAAAUUCACGAGCACACAACCAAAGAAUCACUCAUUGUCAAGGCAGAGGACGCCGAGCGGACAGAACUGUGGCUCCGGCACCUGCAGUACUUCGCACAACGCCUCGGGGGCUGGAGAAAGCGGCGCAACGGCCUGGCCAACAUCAUGAUAGGCCUUUCCGACGUGUAGGUGCUGCCACCUAGGCAAUGCUGUGACACCUGGUGCUGCCAUCUGUGAUAAUCAGCCGACGCACACCCGUCAGGCCGGCUGAGCGUCAAGCGGACAUGGCCUGCGUGCGCCGCUGACCUGUCC